AUGGAGGUUGAGACUGGGGCUAAGGAGGCCACGGCGAGCAAGUUCACCUUGCCAGUGGACUCGGAGAACAAGGCCAAGUCCUUCCGGCUCUUCUCCUUCGCCAACCCACACAUGCGCACCUUCCAUCUCUCAUGGAUUUCCUUCUUCACGUGCUUCGUCUCCACCUUCGCCGCGGCACCCUUGGUGCCUAUCAUCCGCGACAACCUCAACCUCGCCAAGGCUGACAUCGGCAACGCCGGUGUAGCGUCUGUGUCCGGCUCCAUCUUCUCUAGGCUUGUCAUGGGCGCCGUGUGCGACCUCCUAGGGCCGCGCUACGGCUGCGCCUUCCUCGUCAUGCUCGCCGCUCCAACCGUCUUCUGCAUGUCACUCAUCGAUGAUGCAGCAGGGUAUAUCACGGUCCGCUUCCUAAUCGGCUUCUCCCUCGCCACGUUCGUGUCGUGCCAGUAUUGGAUGAGCACCAUGUUCAACAGCAAGAUCAUCGGCACCGUCAAUGGGCUGGCGGCAGGGUGGGGCAACAUGGGUGGCGGUGCCACGCAACUCAUCAUGCCCCUCGUCUUCCACGCCAUCAAGAAGUGCGGCGCCACAGCCUUCGUUGCAUGGCGCAUCGCGUACUUUGUGCCGGGGAUGAUGCACAUCAUCAUGGGGCUACUCGUGCUCACAUUGGGGCAAGAUCUCCCCGAUGGCAACCUCGCAAGCCUCCAAAAGAAAGGAGAUAUGAAGAAAGACAAGUUUUCCAAGGUCUUGUGGGGUGCUGUCACAAACUACCGGACAUGGAUCUUCGUCCUCCUCUACGGCUACAGUAUGGGUGUUGAGCUCACCACCGACAAUGUCAUCGCCGAGUACUACUUCGACCACUUCCACCUAGACCUCAGCACCGCUGGCACAAUCGCAGCCUGCUUUGGUAUGGCCAAUCUCGUUGCUCGUCCUGCGGGUGGCUACCUCUCUGACCUUGGUGCUCGCUACUUCGGUAUGCGUGCUCGCCUGUGGAACCUCUGGAUCCUCCAGACUGCUGGUGGUGCAUUUUGCAUCUGGCUUGGCCGCGCCACUGCUCUGCCAGCCUCUGUCACCGCCAUGGUCCUCUUCUCUGUGUGUGCCCAGGCUGCUUGUGGAGCCACGUUUGGUGUCGCCCCCUUCAUCUCUCGGCGGUCUCUCGGUAUCAUCUCUGGACUGACCGGUGCCGGUGGCAAUUUUGGCGCGGGACUCACUCAACUUCUUUUCUUCACAUCAUCCCAAUACUCAACGGGCACGGGACUUCAAUACAUGGGCAUCAUGAUCAUGUGUUGCACGCUUCCUGUUGCGUUUGUGCACUUUCCACAGUGGGGUUCUAUGUUUUUCCCAGCCAAUGCCAACGCCACCGAGGAAGACUUCUACGCAUCCGAGUGGACGAAAGAGGAGAAGAGCGAGGGGCUCCAUCUCCCUGGGCAAAAGUUUGCCGAGAACUGCCGCUCGGAGCGCGGUAGGCGCAACAUCAUCCUCGCCACGUCUGCCACAUCACCAAACAACACUCCCCAACAUGUAUAA